CAGAUUCCUCCAUUGGAUCCAGAGGGAGAAGCAGCCGGAAUUCAGUUUUCCCGAGCAGUGAACCUUGUAGAUUGGGUGGGGCGCUGAGUCUGAUGAGACUUGCCAAGGAACACGAUGAUUUAAUUACAAGACAAAUAAUACGUGAUUGUGCCAGGAGGAAACGCUUCGGAACAAAGAUGUGGGCAAUAAAGAGGGCAAAUGUAUUUCUCCAGGAAGAACGUGUAAUCCUGCCCUGCGAGACAGAAUGAUUCACCCUCCUGCAAAACUGGUGAGGGGGAUGCCCAUACUGGGACCCUUUGCAGAAAACUGGGAGAACGUCGAGAAGUUCCAGGCCAGACCAGACGAUCUGCUGAUCUGCACGUACCCCAAGUCUGGUACCACCUGGAUAUGUGAGAUUGUGGAUCAAAUUCUUGCUGUAAACAACGCUGAAGGGUGCAAGAAUGCGGCCAUAUUUGAACGGGUGCCCUUCCUGGAGUAUGCAGUGCCCAACAUGAUUUCAGGCACAGCCGCCCUGGACCAACGGGCAUCCCCUCGUAUCAUCAAGACCCAUCUUCCAGUGGAACUUCUACCCAAGAGCUUCUGGGACAAUAAAGUUAAGAUCAUAUAUGUAGCUCGUAAUGCCAAGGAUGUGGCGGUGUCUUAUUAUCAUUUCUACCAGAUGGCAAUUGUGCACCCAGAACCAGGAACAUGGGAUGAGUUCUUGGACUCUUACAUUGAAGGGAAAGUGUGUUUUGGGCCGUGGAGCACUCAUGUAAAAGGCUGGUGGCAGAUGGCAAAGAAGUGGGAUGUCCUAUAUCUGUUCUAUGAAGACAUGCUAGAGGACCUAACACGUGAGAUCAGGAAAGUGGUCAAGUUCAUGGGGAAGGACCUCUCUAAGGAGCUUGUGGAGAAGAUUGCAAGUCUCACCUCCUUCAAAGCCAUGAAGGAGAACAAAAAUUCCAACUACACAACGGUUCCAAGCUCUGUGAUGGACCAUUCCAUCUCCCCCUUCAUGAGGAAAGGUGUGUGCGGCGAUUGGAAGAACCAGUUCUCAGUGGCUCAAAAUGAGAAGUUUGAUAAAUAUUACCAGAGAGAGAUGGCGGAUUGUGAUUUAUCCUUCCGUUCCUAAGCUGCCCAUCAACUACAGUCUCCCUAAGGUCAGUGAAUGGUGAAGGAAACCGGAGAGCCUUCCAGUGUAAAUAAAUGUAGUUUUUAUUAAAGCACUACAUGAUUUGGACCUCAAAGGUCCUCAACUUGCACCAGAGGAAGGAACCGAAACACGAAACAUGUAGCGCUUUAAUAAAAACUACAUUUAUUCACACUGGAAGGUUCUCCGGUUUCCUUCAUCAUUCAUGGUACUGCUGUGGAGAUCGGUUGGAGGAUCGGUUGGGAAAUAAUUGAUUAUAUUGUACUUCCUAAGUUCAGCUCUAGCUUUCCCUUUAACUACUCAUGUCUCGGCAUGGAGCAAACAUUUCUCUUCCAUUGUAUUCUUUGCAUUGAACAUUUGGGAUGAUGGGAAAGGACUUCUGGUUUCUGCUGAAAGUCUAAAGUGAUGUGUUGAGUUCCAAUUUCAAUGUAUUGCUUCAGGAAUAAAGACUAUGAAACUCA